AUGAAGUCACUCUCAAUCCUAGGUCUUGUCGCCUCACUAAUUGGAUCAGUGCAAGCUCACGGUGUUUUCUCUACCCUCUUCAUCGACGGGGUUAGCCAAGGAGACAGGAAAUGCCUCCGAACCUCGCUCACCAUUGACAAGAUCACAAGCCCCAUUACAGAACUUGACAGCCCUGACAUGGCUUGUGGCAUUGCUGGGAAAACCCCCUCACCCGACACUUGUACCAUCAAGGCCGGCGCAAAACUCUCUUUCGAGUUCCGACUCUGGGCAAGCGGUUCGCCACCAGGUACCAUAGACAGUAGCCAUCUAGGAGCGAUGGCGAUCUACGCAAAACAAGUUCACAAUGCGUCCGAAGACCCUGCUGGCGCUGGGUGGUUCAAACUAUGGGAGUAUGGGUACGAUGAAGGUUCUCAUACUUGGGCUACCGAGAAACUCAUCGCUAACGAUGGCAUUGUUUCUGUACAAAUCCCUGGCACGAUGCCGACAGGUCAAUACCUAAUUCGCCCCGAAAUACUUGCCCUUCACAACCUAGCCGCAGGCCCGGCACAGUUCUACACCGGUUGUGCUCAGAUGGAGGUCAAGGGUGGUCCCUCAAAACCCCUUGAGAUCCCGGCUGGCCAGCUGGUGAGUAUUCCAGGAUACAUUAAAGCUAGCGACCCAUCUGUGAACUUCAAUUCGCAUCCCGAUGCCGUGAAAAACUUUCCCUAUAUCCUCGGCGGGCCGAAGGUAUAUGAGUUCCCAGGUUCGAAGGAAAGCAACGAUAUUGUAUUUGGUCCUCUUGGUGGUGAUAUCGGUACUGAGCCGGCCCCGCCUUCAUCCACAGCCACUUAUCCUGCAGCAUCAACACCAGCCUCAACUCCCGAGACUAGUAGUUUACCUUCGUACGGUGCAGUUGACAAAGGUCUAGCGGUUUCGCCUGAUGGUACCUGUGGUGUUACAGGCGGAUUUACUUGCCUAACCUCCGUUUAUGGGGACUGCUGUUCAUCAAAAGGCUGGUGUGGUUCCACCCUAUUGUACUGUAGCAACGGUUGUCAAGCACAGUUCGGGGCUUGCAAGCAAUGA